AUGGCGGCGGUAACUACAGCGGCUCCUCAGGAAAUCUGCACGGUCUGUGGCGAUGUCUCCAGCAAUGCCAUUCAAGUCCCAUGCGGUCACUACUAUUGUCUCACUUGUCUCGGACAAUUCUUCGAAUUGGCAUUAACGGAUCAAUCAAUUUUCCCUCCACGGUGCUGCAACAGAGCGAUCCCUAUUGUCAGUGUCAGCUCCUCUCUCAAACCUAUCGUUGUGCAAACAUUCGAGAAAAAGAAGAUCGAGUUCGAAACGCGGUAUAAGGUCUAUUGCUCGUCCAAGCGUUGUUCAACUUUUAUUCCUCCCUCAAAUGUCGUCAAGGAUAUAGGUACAUGUCCCAAGUGCAAUGUCAAAACACAUACGUUGUGUAAGUCGAAGGUACAUGCUGGGAAAUGUCGGAAGGAUGAGUCAAUAGAAGAGAUUCUUGAUCUUGCGAGAGAAAACUAUUGGCAAAGAUGUUACAGGUGCUGGGCCUUGGUAGAUUUAACUGAUGGCUGUUCUUUCAUGACAAAUUAG